AUGGAUCUCAACUACUCAUUGUUGUCAAGCGAGAGCUCGACCAAUAGCUCAUCCGACAGUUCGAGCGGUUCAUCCGAGCUAGACUCGGCCAUCUCGAAGGCAGCCACGUUGGCCGUUAAUGCUAUGUUGGAUUGCAUUGAUGGUGAUGAAGAUGAUGAAGAAGAUGAAGUUGUAAGAUCGCGGUUUAAGAAACGGGUUACUAUUGUGCGAAGGCUUCAAGAAAACGAAGCUCGACUCAUGCGUAAAUAUUUUGUUGACGAACCGAUUUACAAUGCAAAGAUGUUUAGGAGGUGUUAUCGUAUGAGUAAGCGGUUAUUUCUCCAAAUAUGUGAUGAUUUGGAAACCGAGUAUCCAUUUUUCCAACAAAGAUACGAUGGGUCGGGGAAGCUUGGUUUCUCAACCAAGUUAAAGUGUACAUCGGCGCUCCGUCAAUUGGCAUAUGGCACUAGUGUUAACGCAUAUGGCACUAGCUUGGUUUCUCAACCCAUGCCAAUAUAUUAG